AUGUUGCGAGUACUUGUUGACCAAGCGUACAAUCUAUCGGAGCCAAGUCCGCCAACCCUGUUCUGUCUCUUGGAAUUCGACGGGAUGCGACUGGCGACGAGCCACGUCCCGGUCAAAAAUGGGAAGGUUAAGUUUAACGAAGAAGCCGAGUUUAACAUCAAGAAGGCUGGCAAUUUGAGGAUUCAGCUUUGCUCAGUAGACUCCAAGCCUGGUCUUCUCAGUCUGGAGAAGGUCAAGUUCUUUAUAAAGGAGCAUAAAUUAUUUGGCCGUACCAAAGUUCCCAUCGCCUUUGACAAGGCAACAGAAACGGUUCAACCAGUGCGGGAGCUGGAAAUCAAGUCCAAAUCUGGAAAGACACGCGCGGUGAUGAACCUGCGGCUGACUAUUCAAAAGAAUCCGAACGCAGCAGUAGCCAAAGAAGAAGAAAGUAACAACCCUUUUGUUUCAGCAGCUCCAGCAGAGAAAUUCUCUAAUCCACCAACGCCAACUGCGAGAAAUCCUUUCAACAGGCCGAAGAGGGAUGAUUCGUUUAGGUCCUCGACGACUUCGGUCGAUUCUCAGUCGACCUCUCAAAAUCCCUUCGAAACAUCGGAUAAUUCAAGCACGAAUCCAUUCAAGGGCUCUAACCCAAACUUGGCUAGCUCAAAAAGAUCCAUGUUCGAAAAGCACAAGGACUUUUCCCAAUCGCUCACAUCUAUCGACGGUAUCCCCGAGCACUCGACGCCGAAGAAGCCGCCAGUAAUCGAAGAAAAGCCAAAAGAAAGGACUCGCGAUAAACCGAGCAGAAACAAAAGCGUCCGGAACACGAUUAUUGGGAAUAUCGGCGACUGGGGAUCAAGCUCAAAGAAGGAGGAAAAAACCGAAAAGAGGGAAGAUAGAUCGAGCUCAAAUAAUCACCUAGUCGUGGAAAAUGACAGACUCAAGUUUGAAAACAAAGAGUUAAAGUCCAUCGUUAAGUCAAAGGAUAAAGAAAUCGCCGAACUGAACGAUUACAUCGGCAAAUUGUUAGUACGUGUAAUGGAGCAAAGCCCCGACAUCUUAAAAAGUUAA